AUGGCUGAGCAAGGCAAAUUGAGUGACCCCGUCGUCGAGACGUACUCCGCCCACCCUUCCCCCGUCAUUGAUCCCAACGAGCGCCGUCGUCAGGCUCUCGAGCAGAUCGACAACGCUGAAUUCGGCUGGCGCCAUGUUCGUGCUUGUAUCGUUGCUGGUGUUGGUUUCUUCACCGAUGCCUACGAUAUCUUCGCUAUCAACAUGGCAUCCGCCAUGUUGGGUGUAGUCUUCUGGGUUGACAGCAACAAAGGAAAAAUCCCCACCAACUCCGAUACUGCCAUCAAGGUUGCCACCUCCGGCGGUACUGUGAUCGGUCAGCUCGCUUUCGGUUGGUUGGCUGACCACGUCGGUCGUAAGCGCAUGUACGGUCUUGAGCUCAUCAUCAUGAUCUUCGCCACCCUCGCCCAGUCUCUCUCAUCCGAUUCUCCUUCCAUGUCUAUUGUCGGCGUUCUCAUCUUCUGGCGUGUGAUCAUGGGCAUUGGUAUCGGUGGUGACUACCCAUUGUCAUCCAUCAUCACUUCCGAAUUCGCGACGACCAAGUGGCGUGGAGCCAUGAUGGGAUCCGUCUUCGCCAUGCAGGGUAUUGGCCAGUUGGUCGGUGCCCUCAUCGCUCUGAUUGUGACCGCUGGUUUCAAGGAAUCCCUCGAGACCGCCAGCACCGUCGCCAAGUGCACUGGCGUUUGCAAUAUCGCUGUUGACAAGAUGUGGCGUGUGGUCAUCGGCUUUGGUGCCGUCCCUGCUGUCUUUGCCCUUUACUACCGCUUGACAAUUCCCGAGACGCCUCGUUAUACCUUUGACAUCAACCGUGACAUUGUUCAGGCCAGCCAAGACAUCAGUGCCUACUUGGAAGGCUCCCGUGAAGGUCACCCCGAUCAGGUUCAACGUGCUGCUGCUAUCCAGAAAGACAGCGAACGUCUCGCUGCUCCCAAGGCUAGCUGGUCCGACUUUAUCGCCCACUAUUCCCAAUGGAAGAAUGGCAGGGUCCUUCUCGGAACAGCUGGGUCCUGGUUCUUCUUGGACGUUGCUUUCUAUGGUCUCGGUCUCAACAACUCCAUCAUCUUGUCUGCAAUUGGUUGGUCUGGCGGCUCUAACGUGUACCAUAUCUUCUACAACACCGCUGUCGGUAACUUGAUCCUUAUCUGCGCCGGUGCCAUUCCUGGUUACUGGGUUACCGUGGCUACUGUUGAUACCAUUGGCCGCAAGCCUAUCCAACUUGGUGGUUUCAUCAUGCUUACCAUUCUCUUCAUUGUCAUUGGUUUUGCCUAUGAUCCAUUGAAGAACUCCCACAACGGCCUCCUUGCUCUCUACGUGUUGGCCCAAUUCUUCUUCAACUUCGGUCCCAAUGCUACCACAUUCAUCGUGCCUGGAGAGUGCUUCCCCACUCGUUACCGUUCCACUUCUCACGGUUUCUCUGCUGCCUCUGGCAAAGUCGGUGCCAUCAUUGCUCAGUGUGUCUUCGGACCUCUCGUUCACCGUGGUGCGCCUGCUGGUUCUUCCGACAGCCCCUGGCUCAACCAUGUCAUGCAGAUCUUCGCUCUCUUCAUGCUUUGCGGUUGCUUCACCACUCUCUUGAUUCCCGAGACCAAGCGCAAGACCCUCGAGGAACUCUCUGGUGAUAACCUUUACUGGGACAGCACCCCCACUCUCGCUAAUCACGAGAAGACCGCUGAGGAGGGUCUCGCUGGCAAUGGUCACGACGCCUCUCACUAG